AAGGGGCGUUUACUCUGUAGCAAGGACGGUCACGUCGUGGGCCCGCGCUGUCUUUCGCAGCUCUCCGCGGGCAAGAGGGCACUGGACUCCACACUCCAGUCGCCAACCAGUCACCAAGUUGAGCAGAGCGAGGCAGCGGCGGCGAGCCGGGUCCUACUAUGGCCGCUAAUUACUCCACGACGAGUAACAGAAAAGAACAUGUCAAAAUUACCAGCAACCCCCAGCCAGGCUUCCUGGAGCGGCUAAGCGAGACCUCAGGGGGCAUGUUUGUGGGGCUCACGACCUUCCUGCUCUCCUUCUACUUAAUUUUCACCAAUGAGGGCCGUGCAUUGAAGACGGCGACCUCCCUGGCUGAGGGGCUCUCACUUGUGGUGUCCCCUGACAGCAUCCACAGCGUGGCUCCAGAAAACGAGGGGAGGCUGGUGCAUAUCAUUGGGGCCCUGCGGACGUCCAAGCUCCUGUCCGAUCCGAACUACGGGGUCCACCUUCCAGCUGUGAAGCUGCGGCGGCAGGUGGAGAUGUACCAGUGGGUGGAGGCGGAAGAGUCCCGGGAGUACACUGAGGACGGGCAGACGAAGACGGAGAGGAGGUACUCCUACAACACCGAAUGGAGGUCGGAUAUCGUCAACAGCAGAAACUUCGACCGAGAGAUUGGCCACAAAAACCCCAGUGCGAUGGCAGUGGAGUCAUUCACAGCGACAGCCCCCUUUGUCCAGAUCGGCAGGUUUUUUCUCUCAGCGGGCCUCAUUGACAAGGUUGACAACUUCAAGCCUCUGAGCCUGUCCAAGCUGGAGGACCCCCAUGUGGACAUCAUUCGCCGUGGAGACUUUUUCUACCACAGCGAAAACCCCAAGUAUCCAGAGGUCGGAGACCUGCGCGUCUCGUUCUCCUACGCGGGACUGAGCAGCGACGACCCCGACCUGGGCCCGGCUCACGUGGUCACUGUGAUUGCCCGACAGCGGGGUGACCAGCUGGUCCCAUAUUCCACCAAGUCUGGGGACACCUUGCUUAUCCUGCACCAUGGGGACUUCUCAGCAGAGGAGGUGUUUCAGAGAGAACAGAAGAGCAACUCCAUGAAGACAUGGGGCCUGCGGGCUGCCGGCUGGAUGGCCAUGUUCAUGGGCCUCAACCUGAUGACCCGGAUCCUCUAUACCCUGGUGGACUGGUUUCCCGUCUUCCGAGACCUGGUCAACAUCGGCCUGAAAGCCUUUGCUUUCUGCAUGGCCACCUCCCUGACCUUGCUGACCGUGGCCGCUGGCUGGCUCUUCUACCGGCCCCUGUGGGCCCUCUUUCUCGGCUGCCUGGCCCUGGUGCCCCUCAUCAUCGCCCGGACACGGGUGCCGGCCAAAAAGCUGGAGUGAAACAGGCCCUGGCACCCAUCCGACACCUGCCAAGCCUCGGGAGCCAAGCCACCCCCUCAGCCAUCUGACCCAGCGCUACACCAGAGCAUGCAUCGCGGUCAUUUGAGAUUCUGCACUCCUUCCACUCUCCAAGGGGCCAGACGUGGCAACACGCACCUGUGUCCGGAUCUGCGGUUCCAUCCGCUGACAUCUUCCCCACCCCUUUCCUUGCCACUAAACAGCUUCGGUGGGCAGAAGGCAGUUUUAUGUCAAGCAACAUAACAAGCAUCUCCUGCAUGUUUCCUUUCCUUCUGUUGUCACGUCAGGGGUUUGGCUGGGUUAGCUUGUUUCACUCAGCUCAUCUGUCUGCAGAAGGUGAUGAUGCAGUGACACCCCACAGAGGUCUGCUGAUAAAAGGGCUCAGCCUCAGCACUCAGGGAUCUCCUCCCUGCAGGCAAGUGCCAGGACUCUGCCUCACCAGCAAAUGCUUCUGUGACCCUAAAGGGCCACCUUAGUAUGUUACUGCUAAGCGGUACUGCAUUACCAAUAAACAGACUAAGCGUGCGCCCAAUGCCAAGUUUUUGGAUAGAACUUAAUUUGGUACUUAACACGGAAACACUGAAGAUGUCAUGAUGAGAAAAAUUGGACAUUUUUUGGGCCUUACACUUAUUUUAUGGUUUGGUUUGGCCGAACCUUUAGUGUUCUAAAGGUAUAGGGUCUCCAAAGGCCCUGUUUGUUUUUCUUCAUUAUGCUUAAUAGUCUCUUUGUACUUUCCUACCCCUAAAGAGAAUUGUUUGAAAAAAGAUGUAAAAAGUAAAACAAAAACCAGAGUGACUUAACAUUUCAGACUGUUACAGAAAAGUGCCCUUUGAUCUGUAGGUUGGAGUUAACUCAGAGCCCAAAAAGGCAUUAAAUUGGGGUGUGACUUAGCUACUUAAAAAAAAAAAAAAGGUUGCCUCUGUCAGUAUCAUGAAUCACUGAGAAGCUUUAAGAUGCUUUUGAAAGAAGUAUUAGC